ACGAUACACCACCUGCGAUAAUAAUAUCGAUAGCUCGCUUUCAUACGGCCUCGACCGAAAGGCGGAGGGCAUAUUAAUAUGCGAGCCUCUUUACACGCCAUUGACGAAGCGUUCCACUCACGACGCUCACAAUCGCAGACGACCUCGUCAUAGCACCCCCUCCCCUCGAGUUCAGCGUCCAGCCUAAGCCAAGGCUGCGACUGCGAUGAGCACAUCCAGCCACCCGCCUGGCAGUUCCGCCUCAGCCGACUUUCGAGCAUCAGUAGGCACAAGCAGUACCGCAAUCGAUAAUGGUGCCCCGCGCCUGCGCUUACAACCGAAAUCGCUCCCACCAUGGAUAGAUUCAUACGAGACGCGGUACGGCCAACCCAGCGAAGACCAGCUUCAACUGCUAUCACCCCCGGCACGAACCGUUCCACCUCACCACAACCACCAGCCUAAGGAGCCUGAUCGUCGGGUGUCGCGUGACGGCUGGGUCGACGAAAUGGGCGAUCCUGUCUUAGAGAAUGCUCGCCCAAACACAAACAAACGGCUUACAGACUUCUUCCGUGGCAAGGGCGCGCAACACGGCAGAAAGUGGGAUCACCUACGAACAGCAGAGCCUGUCAUCGUCUCGCAACAUAGGCCUGCAACCCAGGGCCCACCAGCAGCAUGGAAGGACUUUCUACACUCGUCGGCCUACGGUCGCACGGAAGGCGAGGAGUCGGAGGUUGUGGAUGUCAGCAUGCUAGAUAAGCUGCAACCCGACUUUAAUAAGCGAUACGACUCGCAUGCCCACCGAGAUUUGGAAAAGGGGUCGAUGAAACAGAAGAGAACGAAGACCUUUGGACAAAGAAUGUGGUCCCUUAUUCUACGACACUACCUAGUGCCCCUGGUUUUCCGACUUACAGUCAUGUUCACGUCCAUCAUCGCCUUGGCUAUAGCAGCCCGGAUAUACGAAAAGGAGAACGCUAAGAGCAACGUCAGUCCGGAACGCGCGCAAAGUAUUGUCGCUAUUGCUGUCGAUACGGUGGCAGUGCCUUACAUCGGGUAUAUGAUCUGGGACGAGUACACGGGCAAGCCAUUGGGCCUUCGACCAGCCGUCCAGAAGAUUGCCCUUAUCCUGCUUGACCUCUUCUUCAUCAUAUUCAAGUCAGCCAGCACUUCUCUGGCCUUCGAAUCGCUAGUUUUCCAUAAUGUCGAAGCAGGGCAAGUGAGGCAGUUGAGUCAGGCCCUGGCAUCUUUCAUGCUGGCGGGUCUGCUGGCGUGGACCCUGAACUUCAUGGUCAACAUUUUCCGGACGGUUCAACGACUUGGAGGAGGCGAGGAUGAAAGCUCUCACGAUCGCAUGUAAUUUCGGGGGCAUGGGAGGGGUUUUCUUUGGUCUUGUUGGGUAUACCCGGUUCAUUAAAAAGCCUGUACGAUAACUGUAGCGCGCAACGGUAGCUGCGGUCCUUCCUCUUUGUUCAUUAUACAUACUUCUGGCUGUCUAGUCACACGUUGAUACCUUCCUUUACACAGUCUCAACAGUAGAAUAUGUGAUUGGCCUUUUUGUGGGACAUUUGUCAAAGUAUGAUGUGUUCUGAUGUGUCAGAUUGAAGAUGAGAGAUCUGACUCAUUUUGGCUGGGGAUGCAUUUCACAGCUGGCGGUGCCUACCUCC